AUCUUGCAUGUGGACCGUCUAGUACCGCCGGACGGAGUCGCACCAGGGUUCGUGCCACUGCAGGGGGAACAAAACUGGCAAAAAUGGAUUUCUAACAACGUUUCUCUUUUAUGUCCUUUACCCAACCGACGUCAUCCUCAAUGUCUCUCACAAAUUUGAACUAACAAAAUGAGGAUUUCUUGUAAUCAGCUUUUAUUGCUAUUCUCUUGCGUUUGGGGACUCACUAUGGGUGCUUUUCCGAGCAGCGUUCAAAUCGGCGGCCUGUUCAUCAGGAACACAGAUCAGGAGUACACGGCCUUUCGGUUGGCCAUUUUUCUUCACAACACAAGCCCUAAUGCAUCCGAAGCCCCUUUUAACUUGGUACCCCAUGUGGACAACAUUGAGACGGCCAACAGCUUCGCCGUGACCAAUGCCUUCUGUUCCCAGUACUCACGGGGCGUCUUCGCCAUUUUCGGCCUGUACGACAAGAGGUCGGUUCACACGCUAACAUCAUUCUGCGGCGCGCUGCACAUCUCCCUCAUCACACCCAGUUUCCCCACCGAGGGCGAGAGCCAGUUCGUCUUACAGCUGCGGCCCUCCAUACGAGGGGCCCUGCUCAGCCUGCUGGACCACUAUGACUGGAAUCGCUUUGUCUUUCUCUACGACACCGACAGGGGGUAUUCCAUACUGCAGGCCAUCAUGGAAAAGGCAGGCCAGAAUGGUUGGCAGGUCAGCGCCAUAUGUGUGGAGAACUUUAAUGAUGCCAGUUACCGGCAACUUCUGGAAGACCUGGACCGAAGGCAGGAAAAGACGUUUGUCAUAGACCUGGAGGCAGAGAGACUGAACAACAUGCUGGAACAGAUUGUGAGUGUCGGCAAGCAUGUCAAAGGCUACCAUUACAUCAUGGCAAAUUUGGGUUUUAAGGACAUCAAUCUGGAGCGUUUCAUGCAUGGGGGAGCCAAUGUGACAGGCUUUCAGCUGGUGGACUUCAGCAAUCCCAUGGUUAUUAAACUCAUGCAGCGCUGGAACAAGCUGGACCAGCGCGAGUACCCCGGCUCUGACGCACCUCCCAAGUACACUUCAGCUCUGACGUAUGACGGGGUCAUGGUGAUGGCAGAGGCCUUCAGGAACCUCCGCAGGCAGAAGGUGGACAUCUCUCGCAGAGGCAUCGCUGGAGACUGUCUGGCCAACCCCGCUGCCCCCUGGAACCAGGGCAUCGACAUGGAGCGCACGCUCAAACAGGUGCACCUCCAAGGAUUAACAGGAAAUGUCCAAUUUGACCACUACGGCCGCAGAGUCAACUACACUAUGGAUGUUUUUGAAUUAAAAAGUAACGGCCCCAGAAGGAUCGGAUACUGGAACGAUGCUGAUAAACUGGUUCUGACCCAGGAUCACGCCUUGCUUCCCAACGAAACGUCUGGCAUGGAGAAUCGAACCGUAAUUGUGACGACUAUCAUGGAAGGGCCGUAUGUAAUGCUGAAGAAAAACUGGGAAAUGUACGAGGGGAAUGAGCAAUAUGAGGGAUACUGUGUGGAUUUGGCAUCUGAAAUUGCCAAACACAUCGGUUUCAAGUAUAAGAUCUCCAUCGUGCCUGAUGGAAAGUACGGAGCUCGAGACCCAGAGACUAAGAUCUGGAACGGGAUGGUCGGGGAGCUGGUGUACGGGAAAGCGGAAAUCGCUGUGGCCCCAUUGACUAUAACUUUGGUCCGGGAGGAGGUUAUUGACUUCUCGAAACCCUUCAUGAGCUUGGGCAUCUCCAUCAUGAUCAAGAAGCCUCAAAAGUCCAAGCCGGGUGUCUUCUCCUUCCUGGACCCACUGGCCUACGAGAUCUGGAUGUGCAUCGUGUUCGCCUAUAUAGGCGUGAGCGUGGUGCUCUUCCUGGUCAGCCGCUUCAGCCCGUAUGAGUGGCACACCGAGGAGCCCGAAGAGGGCACUGACGGUCUGCCCAGCGACCAGCCCCCCAAUGAGUUCGGGAUCUUCAACAGUCUCUGGUUCUCACUCGGUGCCUUCAUGCAGCAGGGGUGCGACAUCUCGCCCAGGUCUCUAUCUGGCCGUAUCGUGGGUGGAGUGUGGUGGUUCUUCACCCUCAUCAUCAUCUCCUCCUACACUGCAAACCUGGCAGCUUUCCUGACUGUGGAGAGGAUGGUGUCGCCCAUCGAAAGUGCUGAGGAUCUGGCCAAGCAGACAGACAUCGCGUACGGCACUCUUGACUCAGGCUCCACCAAAGAGUUCUUCAGGAGGUCGAAGAUCGCCGUGUAUGAGAAGAUGUGGAGCUACAUGAAGUCAGCAGAGCCCACAGUGUUCACCAAAACCACUGCAGAGGGAGUCGCACGGGUCAGAAAAUCCAAAGGGAAAUACGCCUUCCUCCUGGAGUCCACCAUGAAUGAAUACACGGAGCAGCGCAAACCAUGUGACACCAUGAAAGUCGGAGGAAACCUGGACUCCAAAGGCUACGGGGUGGCGACGCCAAAGGGCUCACAGUUAAG